UUCUAAGUUCUUGAAGGAACACACUUCCGUGUACCGAUGGGUUGUGGUUAUGUUGUCUUGCCAAUUUUAUUGUGCUUUUUAUUCGCACCUUCCUACCACAGUUUGGUUGAGCCAAUAGAUGGUGGUAGUAAUCUGACUAAUGAGAAGAACACUACUCUCUCGGUGCCUAAAGCUUUCGGCUUCGUCCCAAGAAAAUUUAUAGAUGGUGGAGGCAACACUAUAUCUCAUUACGCAAUGUGGCACACAGGGCUAGGGAAAUACUAUGGUCUUCGAGCUGAAAUAAGUGUAUGGGGUUCGCCAGAUCAACAAUACUCUCAAGAGUCUGGAGCAGCCAUACAGAUGUACUGUGAAGAUGCGGGACAUUACAGCUUAAUUGAAGCUGGAUUUCAUGUUUCCCCGUCUUUGUACCAUAAUAGAGAUGUUCGCUUCUUUACAUACUCAACAAAAGAUACUAAAUCAGCGGGAUGCUACAACUCAGAUUGUGCGGGAUUUGUUCCCGCAAAAGGAGCCGCGCUAGUGCCUGGCCAAGCAGUUGCUCCCCCCUCAAUUUAUGGCGAAGCUGACCACUACGCCAGGAUUAGCUUAAACGAGGAUCCAAAUUCUGGGGAAUGGGUGUUGUACCGGCACGAUUUAGGAGAACCAUCAUUCUUGGGGCAUUUUCCAAGAGAGUUUUGCCCAACAAAAUCACGCAUACAAGCGUUAACCGGAUUCGUGAAUUACCUAAAAACCGCAUCGGGUCCUCCAAUGGGCAGCGGUCACUUCCCUGAUGAUAUGGACGUAAAGAGAUCGGCGUAUUUCAAGCAUGUAAAGAUGUACGACUCCGGGGGUCACGCGUGGGACCCACAUACCACGCGAGUGAUCGAUUUUGUUGACAAGCGGGACUGCUACCGGGCAACUGGGUUAGUUAUGGACUUCAAUAAGGGCUACACGUUUUACUAUGGUGGACCAAGUGGUUGUGUUGGUUGAUAGCACAAGUUUUUGUUGCUUCUUGUGGUUCAAUAAAUUAUAAACUAUGACCCUUGAUGUGGAGAAGUUGUUUCUUGUUCUAUCUAAUUUGAAAUAAAGGAAAAAAAAUUAGCAUGUUGAAUUGAUUAAGAAAAAGAUUGCCCGGUUAUUCAGAGGACCGAACAACUUCAUCUCAAGUAUUUCUUAUACU